AUGUUAGCAGUCGUAGCAUUGCCCAGGUUGAAGAUCGACCAUAAAACAGUUUCAAACCAUUUGCAUAAAGCUGGAUUCAAAAAGACGCUCGAUGUUUGGGUGUCACACGAAUUGACGCAAAAAAACAUGAUGGACCGAAUUUCCAUCUGCGAAGCCUUGGUCAAACGGAACGAAAUCGAGCCAUUUCUGAAACGGAUGCUAGCGAUUGACCAGAAGCGGCUAGAAUUGGCCAAUAGGAGAGGAGUUGUGUUCCAUCACGACAACGCCAGGCCACAUACGUCUAUAGUGACUCACCAGAAACUUCGACAGCUUGGUUGGGAAGUUUUGAUGCAUCCACCUUAUAGUCCGAACCUGGCACCAAGCGAUUACCAUCUUUUUUUGUCAUUGCAAAAUUUCUUUGGUGAUAAGAAAUUGUCCUCAAGAGAAGAUUGUGAAAAUCUCUUAGCCAAGUUUUUGCCAAUAGGGAUCAGGGCUUCUAUGAGAGAGGCAUCAUGGAAUUACCUUUGA